CCCUCUGCACGAGUAAGACUACACGCUAGGUUAAGCACUAAAUUGGGUAACUGUCCAGUGACAGCAGAUAAACACCUGCUCGUACAGAUCAUCCUGUGCCGGAGUUGACGGGAACUGCUUUAAUACAACAAACAUUUGGACCAGUAAUCGAUCCAAGAGAGGGGGAUUUUGACUUAAAAUGUCAACUCUGAAAGACAAGAGAAAAGAAUAUCUGACUGUGAAGGAUCUGCAGAAGCUUUUGGACUCGUGCAAACUACAUCUCAAUGAAGUUGAUGAGGUCUGGCCAAAAAUAUACAUAGGCAAUGUGGCAGUAGCCCAAAACAAGGCUGCCUUGCUGAAAUUAGGUAUAACUCAUGUAUUAAACGCUGCGCACUCCAAGCGAGGCAGCAUAGGGAACCAAAGCUUUUAUGGCAACGGCUUUGUGUAUUGUGGCAUUCCAGCAGAUGACUCGACACACUUUGAUCUGGAUGUUUACUUCCAGACUGCAGCUGAUUUCAUUCAUAAAGCUCUGAAGUCACCUGAUGGGAAAGUUCUGGUGCACUGCAUCAUGGGAAUGAGCCGGUCAUCGACUUUGGUGUUAGCGUACCUCAUGAUCUACCGUCACCUCCCGCUCAAAAAGGCUUUGCAGAAAUUGAUCCAGAAGAGAGCCAUCUACCCCAACAGGAAUUUCCUGGCUUUGCUGCUGGAUCUGGAUCUUCAGCUGACGGGAAAAAAGGAUACAUGUCUGAUCCUGUAAUCAAGAGAAGUUUACAGUUGGUUUCUAGGGAUGGUGAGGUCUGUUGGUCCAGACUGAAAUAUUUCUACAGCUAAUGACAUGAAAUUUGGUUUAAUUAAUGACUGAAUUCUUGUCAAACUCAGUUGUAGUUUGAGAUUUGAGAACACUGAGAUAUCAUGUUAUGAAAAGCUGAACACAUAACUCCAGUGUAUUUAUCUCAUCUACUCUAAGUUUUUUUAUUAGCAUUUUAAAUAUUGACACAAUAACAUAUUAACAUGCUGAAUGUUAUAUCUCUUUUUAUUUUUAAUUGCCUAGUAUGAAUCAGUGUUUCAGCACAUAUUACCUUCUUCAGGUGAUUCUAAAUAUUAGCAUGUUACACCAACAUGUUAAAGAUUAGAAAAUCAACAUGCUAGCACAAUGCUAAUGCUAAUGCCAGCCUGCUGACAUGGUAUUGUGAAUGUUAGAUGCGAACAGCAUGUUGACAUCCAGUAGGCUAGUUGUCAACAUGCAUGGAUGGUUGCAGACAUGCUAACACGCUAACACACCUCACUGCACAGCUGAGCCUUAAGUACAGUUGAGGUGACAAAAUACGCGUCAAACUGGACGAAAGAUUUUCCAAAUCUGACAACGCAGAGCAGCUGAGCCUGACAAGCUGAGUCUGAGGAUUUUUUUGUUUUGUUUUUGGAGGCAGUUACAUUAAAGGUCCAGUGUGUAACAUUUAGCAGGAUCUUUUGGCAUAAAUGUGAUAUAAUAUUAGCAGAUAUGUUUUUAUUAGUGUAUAAUCACCUGAAAAUAAGAAUUGUCAUGUCAAUUGCCAUUUUGAACCGCCAUGUUUCUACAGUAGCCCUGUUUUUCUGGUGAGUUUUAGGGCCACCUUAGUUUCUACUACAUGCUUGGAAGGGAAGGGCGAAGCGAGGCGAAUCUGCAACUACAUGUCACUAAAUCCUACACACUGGACUUUUAAAAACAAAGAAUGUCUUAACAAAAAGACAGUUUGUUUACAAUGAAUGUUAAUGAUAAGGAGUUUUUAGGACUAUUUAUGUUUUCGAGUCUUUACCUCUCAUUCUUGUAAGAUGAUGUUUUCUUCAGCACCUCACUUUGUAUUACAGCAGAAUGGACCAAAGUCUUACGGAAAAUGUUUUACAGAUCAUCAUUUUAUGUAAACUCUGUAGAGGAAAAGAUGUUUCUUCAAGUCAAGAACUCAAAAUGGGAAUCAAUCUACAGCGUCUGUCUCUGUACCCAUCAGUGUUCACAGUAUGAAACUCCUUUGGUGUAUUUUUCAAGCUGGUUUGUGCUGAUCAACGCUGUACAUCAGAAGGUUUCAGAUCUUUUGAUUGUCAUCUGUAGAAACAUUAUGAAUGUCAGAAAUAAAAAGGUACACGGAUUCAUCAAUUAUAUAGUAGAGUUUGACAGCAACGAUUCCUACCUGUUGUGAAUCAUUCACAAACACGCACACUUGCAUUGGUAUCUUCAUCAGUAUCAACAUUAAAAUGAGUUCAUUGUGAAUAACACCUCCAAAUAUUAUGAUAGAGAAACAGCAGUGUGUGAGAAACUACACUGAAUUAUAUGGCAGGAUUUGUAUUGUCAGAGUCAGAUGUUCAAUUUAUAGUUAUUUCAUUCGACAAAGACAAAUUAGACAUUAAUUAGGAUUUUUUUCAAAAGAAUUUUAGAAAAGAACUUUAUGUGAUAAAAAUAAAUGUUUGCUUUGUUUGUGCAUAUGUUCAUCUUUCUACGCUUGUGUAAUCCUUUUUAUUCUCUUGACAUGCUAUUUUUAUGCUUUAGCAAAAACUGAGUUUGUCCAUAUUGCAAGUGGGUUUUUUUUCUUUCUGAGGUUGUGUUAAAAUCUAGUAAGACAAACCUUAUAUCAGUUUUUGUGCUUUCAUUCACUAAAUUUUCAUCAUAUAUAGUAAAAGAGAUUAGAAACUCCUGACUUGACCAAAUGUCCAGGUGUUGGUUUAAACACAUUUCACUGUAGAGAAGAAAUCUCUUAAAUUUGACACAGUCAAGACUGGUGUCAAAUUUAAGCUCAAGUAUAGCAGCACUGUAAUUCUCUUGCUAUUGAAAAAGCCGUGUCCUAUCCUCCCUCCUGAGCUGGUAGCUCGGGUAACCUUUAAGGAAUGCAGAAGAUGAUGCCAGAAUUAUUUUGGGCUGAGAUUCAGAUGUUAAAAUAGCAAAAAAGGUUGCAGGGUAGAUUACCAAGGAGAACGCAGACAGUUGUGCUGUCGACCUACAUGUAGCUCUUGUACAGAGAGACCUUGAAACGCAGCGUUUCCAACCAAGGCAAGUGUCUACUAACAAUGUGUUCUUACGAGUUUGUUGCAGAUAGAAAUCCAUGUUGGAAAAUAUUUAUUAGUAUGUACAAUGUAUGGAUUUAUUGUACUGUUAUUGUACCUUUGUUUGCAAGGUAAACAUGUUUAUAAAGCACUUUAAUAAAUGAGUAUGUACUGUGA